AUGAAGCGAGGGGACAAUUUGCUUGACAAGAACCGGAAGCAGUCCAACUUUGCAAGUUACCAGUCCAAGCUCAAGACACCACGCUCAACGCAUAUCCAAGAUGGGAAAGAAGCGCGUGCUUUUAACGAGGACCUUCUGCCAGGCUAUUUUGCGGGGACCAUUGGCGUGCAACGGGUCCUCAGGUUCCUUGCAAAGUACAACGUGAAGGCCACAUGGUUCAUCCCCGGGCACAGCCUCGAGACCUUCCCGGAAGACAUGGCCGCCGUGAGGGACGCCGGCCACGAGAUCGGCCUGCACGGCUACUCCCACGAGAACCCCACCGACAUGACCAUCGAGCAGCAGCGGGAGAUCCUCGACAAGACGUACCACAUGCUCACCGAGUUCGCGGGGAAGCCGCCCCGCGGCAGCGUCGCGCCGUGGUGGGAGACGAGCAAGGAGGGCGCGCAGCUGCUCCUCGACUACGGCAUCGAGUACGACCACAGCAUGAGCCACCACGACUGCCAGCCGUACUACCUCCGCACCGGCGACGAGUGGACCAAGAUCGACUACAAGAAGAAGCCGGCCGACUGGAUGAAGCCCCUCGUCCGCGGCCAGGAGACCGGGCUCGUCGAGAUACCCGCCAACUGGUACCUGGACGACCUGCCGCCCAUGAUGUUCAUCAAGGACGCGCCAAACAGCCACGGGUUCGUCAACGCGCGGGACGUCGAGGACAUCUGGCGGGACCACUUUGACUACUUCUACCGCGAGUACGACGAGUUUAUCUUCCCCAUGACCAUCCACCCGGAUGUGUCUGGACGCCCGCACGCGCUGCUUAUGCACGAGAGGCUCAUUGAGCAUUUUAAGAAGCACGAGGGGGUUGAGUUUGUCACUAUGGAGCAGAUAUGCGAUGAGUUCAAGGGGAAGACUGCGCCACCACCGGGGGCUAUCAUGCCUGCGGCACCCGGAGCAAUGAUUAAGAAGUCGUAG